AAUUUACCUUGCCUUGUAAGCACUCCUUCCCUAGCGUUAUACUUCUUUGCUUCUCUUGCUUGUGUAUCCUUCUUCCUUUACACAAACUCCCUCCUCCUCUGAAUCCGUCUUUGAUCCAUACAUACACAACCAAUUCUGGAAUGCUUGAAUGUCCAGAGACAGGGAGAGAUUGGAUGAGAUAGGAAAAAAGAUCAAAAGAGAGACAGAUGCAUCUUCUCAAAUGGGAAGGAGACAUUUAAUCAAUGGUCCUAAUUCUGGGACCUUGAACACUCUUACACCCUGUGCUGCGUGUAAGCUCUUGAGAAGAAGGUGUGCUGAGGAAUGCCCUUUCUCCCCAUAUUUCUCCCCUCAUGAACCCCAAAAAUUUGCUGCUGUUCAUAAGGUUUUUGGUGCAAGCAACGUCUCCAAGCUGCUAAUGGAGGUGCCAGAGAGCCAAAGAGCUGAUGCAGCAAAUAGUCUGGUUUAUGAAGCAAAUUUGAGGCUGAGAGACCCUGUAUAUGGGUGCAUGGGUGCAAUUUCAGCUUUGCAGCAACAGAUUCAAUCUUUGCAAGCAGAACUGAAUGCAAUAAGGACUGAGAUAUUGAAACAAAAAUACAGAGAAGCUACAAGUAACAUCAUUUCUUCUAGUUCUCCUGCUGAUUUAGUGUCUUCUGGGGCUCCUCCACUAUCACCGCCACCAGUAUUGCGGCCGCCUCUGCCUUCUGUUGUCACUUCUUUAUCUUCUUCGCUAUAUACACCUCCUACAAGCACAGCGGGUCACAGCUCCAUUAUUUUGAGGGGUAAUGUUCCAUAUUUUGACUGAAUUAAUAGAACUUCAUAAUUAGUUCUUUUUCUUGCUUCUUUUUUUAGAAAAAUAGUAAUGUUCAAUAGAUCGAGUAGGAUGACCAAUUGAUAUAUUAAUAUUAGGAUUGAUAAA